AUGUCUCUUACGCGCGACACGUUCAUCUACCGAGGCGCCCUUGUCAUCGGGUUCCUCCCCUCCUUCUUCGGCUUGAACGCACUCCUCAGGCCAGAAGCCUCCUUGAAGUCCGUCGAGUUCCCAGUCCCCGAAGAUCCCGAGUUACGGAAGCUCGUCUUCGGUCUCAUGCGCAUCUAUGGCAUCCGCAACGUCGUCGUCAGCUUCGCCUUUACGCUGAUCUGGUUGACUGGGAAUAAGAGACUGGUCGGCCUGGGCUUGGUCGGUGCGCUGUCCAUGGCUAUUACUGACGGGCUGGUCAGCAAAUCAGUGACGGGGGGUGGCGAGUGGAAUCAUUGGAGUUUUGUGCCAGUCAUUGGAGGUCCCCGAGGACAGCCCCCAAGCAACAACAGAAUGGGUCAAUACCCCGAGGCCGUCCCAAUUCCAUUCGUCUAUUCACUCCCCAUGGAGCUCACCGAUGACAAGGUUAAGUUCAAGCAGGGCCUUGCUAAGAUCUACGGUGACAUCCGUUUCACCGCCGAGGAGAAAAACGGCAGCUAUAUUGUCAAGUCGAGAAGUCCUGGCCCAAGGAAUCUAAUACGACAGCUACAAGAGAUGGGUGUUAUAAGGAAGGAAUAG